UCAAAACGCCAUCAUCUGUUGUUAUUCAAUUGCGGGGGUAUAUGUCCUUUCUAAAAUGAGAUUACAUUUAACAACAUAUUGCUAUUUAUUAAGCAAGUAAUUAUUUGCAUGGUUAAACCCAUUCAUUUCUUACAAUUUAUUCGGUGAUGUGAGGUACAAUAGGACCAAGAAUCGAGCUGUUUCUCAUGGGGAAAUAAAUAUUCAAACCCAAAUUGGCAUUUUUUUUCUUGCAUACAGUAGUAUGAAAUAUUACGUGUUUUUCACCACUUGAGGAGACCUAGAUGAUUUGAUGACUACAAAGAAUAUGUGAAACAGAAUAAUACCCCACAAAUGGCAGGCACUCAAUCUAAAAAAAAUAUAUUGAAUUACUGUAUAAUGUAUAUAUUAUUUCAUAAACUCAGCAGGAAGCAGGAACAAGCCAGAACAUUGAGAAGAACUGAACCAACAACUUUCAAGAGGCGCGACCGACGUGAGGCCAAACUAAUGACCCAUAAUAACAGCACAAUACAAGCACAGAUUCGCACACAUUAACCCCAACUGCGUAACAGUAUUGAUAGUACUGUAGUAAGAAAUUAUAGAGAAAGUACAACAGAAAUAUUCCAUCCAUCCAUUUUCUGAGCCGCUUCUCCUCACUAGGGUCGCGAGCAUGCUGGAGCCUAUCCCAGCUGAACUGGUUCCCAGCCAAUGGCACAUACAAACAAACAACCAUUCGCACUCACAUUCACACCUACGGACAAUUUAGAGUUGUCAAUUAACCUACCACGCAUGUUUUUGGGAUGUGGGAGGAAACCGGAGUGCCCGGAGAAAACCCACGCAGGCACGGGGAGAACAUGCAAACUCCACACAGGUGGGCCGGGGAUUGAACCCCGGUCCUCAGAACUGUGAGGCAGACGCUCUAACCAGUCGUCCACCGUGCUGCCACAACAGAAAUAUCCUCUCAUAAAUUGAGUUUGAGAUGUUGUCCAUCCAUAACACAGGUAAAUAUACGUGAGAUGGAUGACAUCAGCCCAAUGUGACAUCCAUCCAUCCAUUUUCUGAGCUGCUUAUCCUCACAAGGGUCAUGGGAGUGCUGGAGCCUAUCCCAGCCAUCUUCGGGCAGGAGGCGGGGUACACCCUGAACUGGUUGCCAGCCAAUCGCAGGGCACAUACAAACAAACAACCAUUCGCACUCACAUUCACACCUACGGGCAAUUUAGAGUCGUCAAUUAACCUACCAUUGAUGUUUUUGGGAUGUGGGAGGAAACCGGAGUGCCCGGAGAAAACCCACGCAGUCACGGGGAGAACAUGCAAACUCCACACAGGCGGGGCCGAGGAUUGAACCCCGGUCCUCAGAACUUUGAGGCAGACGCUCUAACCAGUCGACCACCGUGCCGCCCAAUGUGACAUAUUGUAAUUAAUUCCUGUAGAUUGUAGAUUAAAUAAUGAACCUAAUUUGACUCAAUCAGAAUGCAAUUCAUAGUAAAAAAGAAAAAUAAUAAUACAAAUACUGUAAGAAUGGAAUGGUUUCAGCUGUGCAUAUGUCAAUCAAUUGCACUGUGUAUCAGAAUGAGCUUUAUUGGUUAAGUAUGUUACAAGACACAAGGAAUUUCUCUCCGGUAAUUGGAGCAAACAGCCACUAUCACAAAAUAUACAUUAAGGACAUAAAAAAAACACCAGUAUGGAGAGUCAUUGAGCAAUGAAAGUAUACCACUAGUGUGGCGAUGUUCAUGUAAUGGCAUUGUGCAAAUGGUGCAGAGUCCUCAAGCAAUUUAGAGCAAUUUAAAGUGAUUAAUUGUGUGAUGAUCUAUGUGUAUUGUUGUGCAUUGCCACUGAAUGAGGGAGUGCCGUCCUCCAGGACUGGAGCCCAAGUAAAAUCGAAUGCAACCAAUUAUUAGUCUUAUUGAUUUCACCUGAUUAUAUUAUCUGCAGUUUUUAAAGUCCCUUUUGAGCUGAUGAUGUCACCAGGCCAGUUGCGUUGUGAGUUGCCAACCUUUUGUCAUGGUCUGUGUUUUGGUUUGGGUUGUGUUUAGUUUUGUUCCAUGUUUUCCUGUGUUCCAUGUUUGUCGAGUGCUCAUUAGGUUGUUGUGUCCACCUGUUCUCGUCUACUUUGUGUCGACCAAUCAGCUCUCUCCAGCCACUCGUGUCUUGUCCAGGUGUUCCUCGUUGUCUCGUCAAUUUGUUUGUAUUUAGUUCCCUGGUUUCUUUCACUUCUUGUUGGUUCAUUGUUGUUGUCACAUGUCUUUGCCAUGUCAUAGUCGCCAGUUGUCUUUAUCAUUGUGAGAAGGACAGAUUACUCUCUUCCAUGGGUCUCAGCUAUGGGUCUCAAGAUCUUCUUGGGCAUGGACCUAUGGGCUCUGAUCUCCACCGGCAACAGGAGGAAGAGGAGGAAGAGGCCCUUAGAAGAAAACUAAAAUAUUUCUUCAUGAGCCCUUGUGACAAGUAUCAUGCCAAGGGACGCAAACCAUUCAAGUUAGGCCUGCAGCUGCUCAAAAUCAUCAUUGUUACAGUGCAGUUGGUGCUGUUUGGCCUGAGCAACCAGAUGGUUGUGACAUUUAAAGAUGAAAACACGGCGGCAUUCAAACAUCUCUUCCUGAAGGAUUACCAGGAUGAUGCUCCUCAGGCUGUUCACACGCAGCAAGAACUGCACAGUCAUAUCAACUUUGCCAUUGAUCAGUACCUAGCUCUACCUCUAAUCUCACUGGGACAGUACGCCUAUGUACAAGGCGUCGGAGUCAAUGGAAGUGCACUCUCACUGUGCCAGAGGUACUACCGGAGGGGCACCAUCAUCCCUGUCAAUGACACUUUCGACAUCGAUCCUCAUGUUGUCACUGACUGCAUCGGACUCGAUCCGCCGACCUGUGGUUCUCCUCCUGAAAACAGUGACUACAAGAACUUCACUCUCAAUUUUUACAAGCUGAUCAAUGUAACGGUUGACUUCCAGCUGAAGGCUAUCAACAUUCAGACCAUCAUAAAUAAUGAGAUACCAAACUGCUACACCUUUGCUAUAAUGAUUCUCAUGGAUAACAGAGCUCACAGUGGCAAAAUUAAGAUCAGUUUACAGAACCAAGCCUCCAUAAAGGAAUGUAAGGACCCUAACGUGUCUGGACAUGCUGAGAACUACGCCCGAGAGUUCUUUGACGUGUUAGUUGCACUUGUUUGUUUGCUUUCUCUACUGCUGUGUGGACGCUCCAUCCUCAGAGGUGUCCUUCUGCAACACGAGUACGCACAGUUUUUCCAGACAAGACUUGACCGUGGUGUAAGCUGGGGAGACAGAAUGGAGUUCAUCAAUGGCUGGUAUAUUCUGCUCAUUGUCAGCGACAUGUUUACCAUCAUUGGCAGCUUCAUCAAGAUUGGAAUUGAAUCCAAGAAUUUAUCAUCAUAUGAUUCAUGCGCAAUCCUGCUGGGAACGUCCACUCUGCUGGUGUGGGUGGGAGUCAUUCGCUAUCUCAGCUUCUUUCAGAAAUACAAUAUCUUGAUUGUGACACUCAGAGCUGCCUUCCCUAAUGUUAUCCGCUUCUGUUGCUGUGCGGCUGCCAUAUAUUUGGGAUACUGCUUCUGUGGAUGGAUAGUUCUGGGGCCAUAUCAUACCAAGUUUCGCUCCCUGCCCAUGGUGUCAGAAUGCCUCUUUUCUCUGAUCAACGGCGAUGACAUGUUUGUGACGUUUGCUGAGAUGGAGCAGACUGGCACACUUGUGUGGAUCUUCAGCCAGGUCUACCUUUACACCUUCAUCUCCCUCUUCAUCUAUAUGGUGCUGUCACUCUUCAUCGCACUCAUCACCGGAGCCUAUGACACCAUUAUGGCCCAAACACAGGAGCAGGUACGCAUCACAGAUCUUCACGCAUUCAUCGCUGAGUGCACAGACACACCUAGCUCUGGGAAGUUCCGCGGUCCUGAAGGGUCAUCAUGCUCCUUUUUCUGCUGCUGUGAUUGGUGAGGAGGGGGAGGAGUGGACUGGGUAUCACAUAUGAAUGUGUGUGUCUAGAUAUCAGAUUUUAAGUGGACAUAAAUUCAUAAGGCAAUCACUUUCCUUUCCAUGUAGACAUAAGAUGUUCUUUUUACAGGACAAUUCUUCAUUCAGUCAAAUGUACCAUAUUUUCACCACAUUUCCACUUGACUGCAGCUGCACACCUUUUUGCAGAGUCGCAGCAGGGAGGAUGAUGAUGCCUGUGCAGAGAACUGACUGACCUUGAACCACUCUUGUCCCCUGUCUUCAUGUGUUUGAAUUUGGAUUCCUAAUCCUGCUCUUACAGUAGGACUUUCCGCACAGACUUCAAUGAAAUUACCUGCUUUGGUCUUUGUUCUGUGUGAAUAAUUCAUUGUUUUCCUAUGAAAUUGGUUAUGCCAGUAAACAGCUAUUGCUUAAACUGUAAAAUAACAUCAGUUUACUUGAAGUAAUUAUUAACUAUCAUUUUAAAGUAGGUAUCGUUUUGUUUUUUUUGCCUGGUGAUGAUGUUAGUGUAUUUUAAAUGCUCCUAGCAGUCGACUGGACACCAAAAGACCAACACCUGACUUGUGUAUAUAGUGUACUGUAUGUCUGCAUGCAUUGCCUUUUGCUACAUUUACAGUCAAGGCUGUUCCUUCAUACUCUGUUUGACUCUUCCCCCCUUUGUUCUUGUCCUCCCUUGGCUGAAGAUAUUUGAUGGCUGGACGUGCAAGGACGAGCCCUGCAGCCAACCAAUUAUUCAUCAAUAUGUAUGAACUGUAAAAAGACUGCACAUCAAUGCACUGAGCAAUGAGGCAUUUCUUACUAUUUGCUUUUAAAGUAUUGCAUGCAGGUUGGUGACUUUUCUGCAGCAAAUGAGCAGUGUGUUUUUUUUUUUUUUUUAAUAUUUCAAAGUACAUUUGUCAAAGUCUAACACUUUAGGCCAGGUUUAUGUUAAAUUUUAAGUGUCCGACAAUGUCUGUAGGCUGACAUUGAAGCCAUUUGAGAAAGGGUAAUUGCUCAUUUAUUUUAUCUGAUUUAAGGGCAUAUGUACAAACCGGUACUUAAACCAUGUGAAAGGGCACAAUUGUUCAGAAGAUAACAAUGAAAUGUUAAUGUCAUAGUUUGCUGUGUGAAGGACAGUUUUCAAUGGAUAAAAUUGGUCUCCACUUAAAAGGUAAAAGGGAAUUUAAUUAUUUUUCUCUCACUUGAUUCCUUUUAAAGUCACGCAAGUUAAUAUUCAUGUGCACUGAUUUGCACUUUAGAAUUACUGAUUUACCGCUUAACUUGCUGAAAUGGCUCACACUAGAGCUAAAGCGCACACUGUGUUGUAUAGGAUUGUUUACGGUUACUCGUGCAUGGGUUCUGACAGCUCUGUGAAAUUUAUUUAAUGGUACUUAAAUUUACUGGUAAAAGAUGUUGGGUUGUCUUAGCUCCUAGUUUGUUGGUCUCUGUAAAGAACGGCUUUGUAAAGCUAUUUACUUGUUGUAUUGUUCUAAAUAUUGAAUAUUCUUUGUAAAGAAUGCUGGCUCAUACCCAUUGGGAAAUUAAACUAAUGACACUGAAAAGGUACAAAAAAAAAAAGCAAUCCUGACCAGUCUCAUGAUAUCAAGUU